AAAAAAAAAACAAAGCGGACGGAUUUUCCCUGCUGCAUUUCGCAAAAUUUCGGAACCAUCAUGAGCAGCAGCUUGGAGAACCGCAAGAACUCUCCCGGUGGUCUAUGUUCCGGUUGUCUGACUGGAACCUGCCUCAGAACGUUCUGAGACAUCUUCCGAAACAUGAAUCCGAAGAGUUGUGGGAUUUCAUCGUCGGGAAUAGUCAUCUUCGUGACUUCUUUGGAAAGGACAAUAAUAUUGGACGAUCCUAGACCCAACGACGACGGUUCCGACUCAAGGUCACGGAACACGGUCAGCCGCCGUACGGACAACGAUGGAUUAAGUUGUGCUUACGCCAACUGUCCGUCCACGGUAGCGUCCAGCAGGACACCCAAUUUUCCACAAAACGGGCGUUCGUUGUUCCGCAGCUUACUUCACGGGUGGUCAACCAGGUUAAAUUGCAUCGCCAAUCAUCAUCCGGCUGGAUCCGGAACCGGCUUUAGAUUUUUAACAAAACGGGUCUUGAUUUCCCCAGAACUAUUUACGUUCUCGGUGCCCAGCUCGGAUAAUAAGAACAGCAAUCGGGGGAUGGUUCUUCUGAGACGGAACGUGGGAAGGCGUUUUAGUGAAUCAGUGUUCAAAUCAAGUUAGAAAGUGUAUUUUCGGUAACUUCUUGAUCCAGUGCAAGUGUUGCUUGAAACAAGCGAAGAAAAUUAUCUAAAUUUAAGAAAUGUAGCGUUUCUGUUCGUGAAAUAAAAAAUUAAACUAAAAGUGCCUCUUUUCAAUUUUCUAACCUGAAAACCCAGCGAUUUUAUUUUCAAUUUAGCAAAAUUACAUCAACUUGAAAUUACAUCAUCUUAUAUUCAAUUAACGUAAAAUUCAACGCUUAUAUAGGUGUCUCGUUAGGUUCAUGUAAUUUCCAAAUCUGAUGUAAUAUUGUGUCAAAUCAGACGCUCCAGUUAUGUGCAUCAA